AUGUAUGAUCGUUUUUCGGAACUAAAGUCCAUUGCCGCGGGCAGUAAGACGCAAAGACCCGUCGACUGUGUAAUCAUUAACAUCGACGAUUUUGGGCCAAAUGACACUACCAAAAAUGAAUACAUAGAUAAUAACUCUAAGGCAGAUACUAAUUUUGUUACAGAAAAUCGUGACCUGAAUUCAUACAUGGCGCAUAUAGAAGUUGUGAGAGCGUAUAUAAACAAAAUACAUGCAUCAAGUAAUGCAAUAAGGUCUUUAAUGACACGAAUCGUCAGUUCAUCUACAAUACAACAAGAGGAAGAGUUAAGUAAUAAAUUGAAUGCCAUAGUCACACAGACUAAUGAAGAAUGUGCCAAUUGUAAAAAUGCAAUUAUGGAAUUGAAGGAGAAAAGGAAUCGGGGUAAUUCGACUGAAGCACAAAUUAGGGAAAAUGCAUACAAUGUAUCACUUAAACAAUUCCAAUCUGCCCUAAAGGAAUAUCGCGAUGCACAAACGCAGUUUCGAAAGACUAGUAAGGCUAAAACAGCACGGCAAUUACAAAUUGCAUACCCAGAGAUGAACAAUGAAGAUUUGAAGAAAGUUGAGAAUGGGUCUUACAAAGCAAUUGAAUCAAUUUUACAAUCUAAAAUAAUCGGCAAUCAUACUCUAAAGGAUGCGAUUGUAGAUAUUCAAGAAAAGUACAAAGACGUAAUAUCACUAGAAAAAUCAGUGGAAGAAUUACACCAAAUGAUAAUAGACCUAGCUGGUCUAGUAUCAUACCAAGGCGAAUUAAUAUACCAAAUUGAGCACAAUGCUUUAAAGGCGGUGGAGUAUACAGAUAAGGCGAAUGAUGAAUUGAAGAAAGCGGAGGAUUACAAGCGGAGUGGAUCCAAAAUUAUGAUCUGGAUUGCUUUCGGAAUCACUAUUGCAUCAGUAUUCGUCAUAGUUCCAGUGGUAUUUAAGUCCUUUUAG